CUUAACUACGACUUGUAUCUUCGGCAUUACGGAGUCAGCAUUUAUCGAAGCCCUGUACGACAUAGCUUCGCCCAGCUCCAAAAUUUACUACUGGAGAUCGAUCGGGAAAAUGGGUGGCACAAUUACUACACCAGCCAUCAGGACGUUAUCGUUCGUAGUGCUACAGGCCUAUCAUUCUUUCAGAAAAUAGUGGAACAACAGACACAACUCUUGCAGCAUUCUAAUUGGGCUUUUUACUUCUUCCACUAUGAUUGGCUUGCUCAGGUAAAUGUCGAUGUAUCCGAAGAUAUUGGCCCAUGGGAUGUUCUCAUACCUUACUAA